AUGGCGACUAUUGCCGUCAGUGGCACGUCCCGUGGCAUCGGCCUUGAACUUGUAAAGCAGCUUGUUGACCUUCCCCAUGCUCAGGUCUCAAAGGUCUUCGCCCUGUCACGUGGCAAGCCAACAGACGCUCUCCAAGCGCUCAUCGACAAGCACAUUGACCGGGUCACCCACACUUCUGCCGCCGUGGACGAUGACGCCAGUGUCCAGCAAGCCGCCAAGACCGUCGAAUCCCACCUCGGCGACAGGGGUCUGGACAUUCUGGUCAACAAUGCCGGCAUUGCCCCCUGGAAUACCAGUGGCAAGAUGGGCACAUUGCCCGUUGAACUGCUGACUCGAUCCUUCGAAGUCAACGUCGUCGGCACACAUCGUGUGACCUCCGCCUUUCUGCCUUUGCUUGAGAAGGGCAAGAUGAAGCUGGUCGUAAACAUGGGUACGACCCUAGCCUCCAUUACGUGGGCUGAGCGGUACGCAUUCGCUCCGACCCAGGCCUACAAUAUCUCCAAGACUGCACUCAAUAUGAUGAACAAGCAGUACGCGAUGAGCUACGCGGAUCAGGGGUUUACGUUUGUUUGUGUUUCCCCUGGAAUAAGUUCUCAGUCGCAACUCAGAUCUUUCCUGACAAGCCAAGUCAUCACUGACCGCACCGCAGUGGCUCAAAACUGAUCUUGGCGGUCCGCACGCGGACUUGGAACCAGAAGUCGGUGUUGCGGAGGUCAAGCGCAUCAUCUUCGAAGCAACCCCGGCUCUGAAUGGCAAGUUCAUCAACAUCAACGUGCCCGGCUACGAGAAUAGCGCGGCGCAGUACGAUGGUCAAGAGG